AUGGCGCCUCAUGACGGAUUAGUACACCCCAAAGAAUACGACAUUAAGGACAGCAAUGUGGAGCUGAUCGGAUCCGAUCUGGACCAUCGCGUCAAGUAUAACUCCGCCGCCACCGAGCCUGCCUGGAACAACGGGAAGAUCGGACAGGAACCCGGACUGUUCAUCUGGCGAAUCGAGAACUUCGAGGUCAUUCCUUGGCCGAAGGAGCGAGCCGGCGAGUUCUACGACGGAGACAGCUACAUUGUGCUGCACUCGUACAAAGUCGGAGACGACAAGCUGGGCCACGAUAUCUUCUUCUGGCUGGGAAACAAAACCACCCAGGACGAGGCCGGGACCGCCGCCUACAAGACGGUCGAACUGGACGAGUUCCUGCACGGGUCGGCGACCCAACACCGCGAGACGCAGCAAUGCCCUUCGGACGAAUUCUUGGCGCUGUUCCGCCAUAUCUCCAUCCGGUCCGGUGGCGUGCGCUCGGGCUUCACCCAUGUUGAGCCCGAGGAGCCAAAGGAGGUCCUCACGCUGCUUCGCAUCUUCAAACAUCCCAGCGCUGGACGCUCGAUCAUUGUACACGAAGUUGAGCCCACAUGGCAAAGCCUUGAUGACAAUGACGUUUUUGUCCUGGACAAAGGCGAUAAGAUCUGGGUCUGGCAGGGCAGGAACAGCAGUCCCAUGGAAAAGGCCCGCGCGGCCCAGGUGGUGAACGACAUGACCCUUGCGAAGCACAUUGACGUCGAGGUGCUCUCACAACUUGAAUCCCGGUCGAGUCUCAUUGUAGACUUGCUGGGCGGCGAUGCAGAAGCGAAGCAGCCCAACUUUCAGUUUCGCGCUCCGCGGCCCGGACGCUUUGCCAGGGCAGCUGAUGACCGGUCGACGCGGCCACGCAAACUGUUCAGACUCAGCGAUGCUUCAGGCACACUAUCCUUUGAUCUUGUGAAGGAUGGGCAGCGGGUCAGGAAAUCCGAUCUCGAUGGCAAUGAUGUCUUCCUUUAUGAUUCCGUUGACAGGCUCUGGGUCUGGGAGGGCUCGGGAGCUAGCGCGCGAGAGAGGGCUUCAUGGCUCAGAGUUGCCCAGUAUUAUAUUCGCCAACUCCAAGAAUCAGUCGCUGAGGCGUACCUCACUCCCAUUGCCAAGGUUGUGGACGGACAUGAGAGUUCGGCCUUUUUGAAAGCACUCGAGGUCUAG